AUGGUUAAAACAAAUGACAUUGAACAUCCCAAGUACCACUCUAAGAGCCAAAUAUCCAAAAACUUACCGAUUAACACUGUUUAUACUGACCCAAAAAACGGUCAAAACUACAAGGUUGUUGAACGAAAACUAAACAAUAGUCUGAUCAAAGUGGCAGAACAUUACUUGGGAAAUGACAUUAAACCUAUUGUGCUCGAGAAUAUCCCCAAAGAAAUGCUAAAGAUUGAUAAUCCUGUGAAAUCAAAUCCAAACAAACUCUUGAAAUCAAAAAUCCAAUCUCUUGAAGAUAAAUGUCGUGCAUUGCUUCAAAAUCAAUACAAGUCUCUGUAUCAUCGUAUCAAAGAAUUAUUGGAUGACAGUUACCACGAAACAUCAGAUACCAUUUAUCUUCUUCAUUCUGGAUUGGUUCUUUCAUUCAAGAAAGCUCAUUAUCCAACGAUGGCUUUGGUUCUAAGUGCUGUAGACAAAAUGGUCCAUAACAUAUUUAGCGACAUCGAAAUACUUUCCAAAGUAAUGGAAAAACAACAUAAACUUCAACAGAAACUAUAUCGGAUGAUUAUGAACAACAACAAUAACUCUGAUGAAACAAAAGAGAUUAUCUUAUAA